AAUGUUGUUUGUGAAGGUUUCUUAAACUUUUUAUUUUCAAAUAAUUUGAUGAAAUUUACUCUUUACAAUUUUAGUUCCAAUAUUGUUGUAAAGCUAUGGAUAACAUAUUUGGACAUGUACCUCGUUUAGGAAUUAUGCAAAUAUUUGACAAUGCUCAGCGAACUCAUUCCAAUGACAGAUAUUUGAAAAAUCUUUUUAACAUUUUUAGUGAGAAUAAUCACUCAAAGUUCAUAUUGGAGUUCCUUCAAUGUCUUGCCAUAUGUAUGGUUAAUAUGGAGAAGCAGCUUUCAACUGAAAGAGUUUUGGAUUUUGCUGCGAAAUAUUGUAUUUAUCAUAGUAGUCAGGUUGAUGAAGAAAAUAAUGUUCUUCUUUUAGCAGUUUUUGAGUUCAUUUUUAAUAACCAUAACAGAAAAACUCCAGCUAUUAGGUUUCGUACAUGCGAAUUCGUAAAUCGUUUACUGAAUAAGAUGGGCCCUCAAGCCACACUCGAUGAUGAUAUCUUUCAAAAAAUGGCGACAACCAUGUUAGAACGCCUGCAGGAUCGACUCCCCUCUGUUCGAGCACAAGCAGUAAUGGCUCUUCAACGACUCCAAGAUCCUCCAAACAAAAAUUGCAGGAUCAUUAGAGCUUUCAUGUUUCAUAUGGAGACUGACCCUAGUUGUGAAGUGAGAACCAGAGUAGUUCAGAACAUAGCUGUGACCCAGAAAACUCUGCUUUUAAUAUUUGGAAGGCUUCAAGAUGUAAAAGAGACUGUUAGAAAGGAAGCCUAUAAAUCUUUGACAAGGUUAAAGCCCCGAAAAUUAUCUAUUGCCCAAAGACAGACAAUUUUGACUGUUGGGUUAGGUGAUCGAGCAGAUUCUGUGAAAAAUGUCAUUAUUGAUCAUGUCAUUCCUACCUGGUUCAAAGUCUGUGAAUCUAACUUGGUCGAAUUUUUGAAAAUUUUAGACGUUGUCUCGUUCAAGAAGGAGACUGUCACAGCUGUUCUCGGUCAUGUAUUUAGGGAUCUUCCCUCUAGUGAACUGCUAUCUGUUGUCGAAAGGUUGCAAGAAAAAAGUGAAGGACAUAAGCUUAUUCCAAUCUCUGAUCUUUCUCCUGAAACUGUUACCAUUUGGAGCAGCGUAGUGAAGCAUAUUGGAAUUGAUUCUUGUGAUGACUCCAUCUUACCUGAACUAAGCUACUUUGCUAAAUACAUAAAAGAAUAUGGUGACAAUACAGACCUAAAAGAUACUGACAAUCAGUAUAUCCUUGGCCAGCUGCUGGAGAUAUCAAAAUGUUACUCUUUAAUGGAUGAGAUGGGCAGAAAACAGUUGAUUCAGACAUGCCUAGACCUUCUAAAGGCGGAUGGUACAGGUACUGAAGUAAUCCCGCCACUGGUGAAGCUAUUAGAGCUGCUGAUUCCAGUGGUCAAGCAGAGAAUGAUCAUCAUGGCAGAGCUUAUAUCUGACAUCAGGGAACCCCUCGAGGCUGAUGAUUCACAGGUAGAGGCAUUAGUGGAGAAUAGUGUUGAAGGAAUUUCUGAGGGUAUGCAACUUCUCAAUUGUGCAUCUCAGUCGCAGUCUCUAGAUGAUUGUAUGAGAAGUGAGCGAACAGAUCCAGACAUCCUUGUUAAAUGUCUAGUGAUAGUUAUGGAAAUGCUGAAAUCACCAUCAAUUACCAAAGUAGAUGACACAUUGUUGAGUCUUAAAGAACAUUUCAUACUUCUCUGUUUUAAGGUGGACGAUGCAAGGGUCCAGAGAUUAGCAUUAGACGCACUUGCCCUUCUCUGUUAUUGGAACUUAGAUUUGGCAAAAGAAUACUUCCUGAAAUUCUGUAUACAAAUAACUGAUGACACAACUUGUAUUUCUGCUGUGGAAGCUGUGUUUGAUCUUAUUCUCAUCCAUGGGUUUGAAGCAUUUUCAUUCGGCUGGGAUUAUAAUGAUGCCAGUGCUGUGAAUAAUACUGACCAUUCUGACUCGUUCAGAAAAGGCGGUCCUCUGAACUUUGACAAUGACAAGACAAUCAGCAGUCCAGUAACACGUAGGCUGGUAUCCCUUAUCACUAAUCUACUUAGCAGUAAUGUAAAUGAGGUGAAGUGUAAGGCAAGUCAAGGCCUCUGCAAGUUGCUUCUCUCAUCCAGGUUGGAUUCCUAUAUUGUGUUGUCGCACCUGAUCAUUCUGUGGUUCUCCUCGGCUUCAGACUCGGAGCCAUAUAUCAGGCAACCUCUUGGAUUAUUCUUCAGUUCAUUCUCAAAGCGGGCUGGAGCAGCUGAAAUAAUACUAUCUGCCUUCUCGCCUACGCUACGUGCUAUAGAAGAACUGAUCGAUGAAGAUAUUGACUCGAUGAAAGUUGCAAAUCUGUUUAUAGCCCUUCUCAGGUCUGAUAUAUGUAACAAAGCUUCAAAACCUAAGGAAGGGAAAGGUAGUUACCAUGCCAGAUUGGCUGAAAUUAUCCUCGACGAGAUUAAGAUGGACAUUAUACAACAACAGGUGCUUAUGAAGAUACUCUCUUCCCUUGAAUUUGAUGACUCCGAUGCCUUGUUGGCUAAAGAUCUUGAAUUUCAAGCACAGAAAAUUUACAAAUGGUUGCAGAAGAGGACAAAUGAAAGAAGAAAUGCUAAUAUUAUUAAAAAAUUCAUAGAAGAAAUGGUUCAGCUGAGGAAAAAAUUAAAAACCGAUGAAACACUGAAAGCUAAUCAUUCAGUAAUUAUAGAAGAACCAGAAACAGUUCAGGAGGAAAAUAAGAAACUAAUAAAUGAUUCUUGUAUACAAAGUGAGAAGGAAGUUCAAGAAGAUGAUAAUAUUUCUCCUACAGCUUCAAUUAGUUGUGGAGCGAUACCUGAAACUUCAAAUAAGAUUGAUACUCAAGACUCCAUUAUAAAUGAUAGUGACACUUCCAGAGAAGUAACAAAGAGGAAAAAUAUGACAAAUGGAGAUUCAAUGAAGAUUGUGGAGGAAACUUCGGAUAGCUCACAGGAAUCUGACGAUAUUGUUCCUCCUUCUCCACCGAAACGUAGGAUGCUCAGGUCACGCAAGAAAUAAUUCUGAAGAGUCUUUUAUUUAUAAAUAUUUUCUUUUUAUAUUGUUGCUCUCUAUUUGUUAGAUGUUAAUAACUUAUUUUUAUAAUAAAAUAAAUUAUAUCUUAACUCUGUUUUUUAAC